UAAUUCUUUUUAUUGCUAAUGUUAUAGUUUUUAUCUGAAAUCAUUGUUUAGGAUUUUAUUCCUCACUCAUGAUUACUAUACUACUGUAUCUAAUUUAAAAUGUAAUAAAUCAGAAUCUUAUAGUAAAAAAUUUUUAAAAACACAAACGAUUUUAGCCUUUUCUAUAUAUACAUUUUAUCAUGUUUAAGCUUACAAGAGAAAGCUUUUUCUUGUAAAGUAUAUAUUUUUGAAAUGAUUGUGCUAUAAUAUUUUUUGUCUUCCACGUAAUUCUUAAUUAAUAAUAAAUAUAUACUAUAUUUAUCAAGUGUAUCAUUCUAUUGAGUCUUUUUAUUAAUGCCUGCUGAACAUCUGUAAAACAACAAAGUAAACAAAUUAAAGUUAAACAAGAAAAAUGCAACACCGAGCUGCACGGAGGACACAUAAUAAUGGCGUUUUUCCAAUUAGAAAUGUCGCCCCCAGUUCCGCGAGGUUAGGUUAGAAGAACUCCCGGAUAAGGUUGGGUUUGUUUUUAUAUCCGCGGUGUCCGCGCGCGCUUGAGCGCUUUUUUUUCAAACUCACCUCCGCGUGUCCGCAGCUUAUUACUCUCGCGAAAAUGCAAAAUUUGUCGAGAAAAUCGACAUGACAGCGGACAGAGUCAGUAGUUAGUAGGAGGUGGGACGCCAAGUCGCCAAGUGACGCGCAGUACGCUUCAAGGAGCUCUUGUUUCGCUCAGGAAAAAAAACAGGUGCAAAGAGAAAGAGAAAAAGAAACAGGUGGUCGCGGCGCGAUUAUUUAAGAGCGUGAUUUUCCAAGUAUAAUAUGGAGAGCAAGACGCAGGUGAAAAACGAGCCGCAGGAACAGUCGGAUAACGAUGCUCAAAAAAAAGAAAACACUUCCAAUAACACAGAAGAGAGCCCACAGGUGAAGAAUGAUGCCAUUAUAAAAACUAAAAAUCCUCCAUCUGAGACCACCAUAUUAUCACCACCCCCAAUUCCAUUGGCAAUCAACAACAUAUUUUUCGAGUUAUUCUAUGAUGGGCCGUAUGAUCUAACAUUAUCUAAUCGGUUAUGGGGUAUUCACAGAGUGCCGCCACCCAAUAGAGCUAUAGUUUUGUCUGAGAUCACAUUCUCGUUGUUCAACGUUUCGAUGUCACCUUCAUACAAAAAACAAGUAAUAUUUACGGAGCAAUUAAAGUUCAAAGCUUUUGUCUUAGACAAGCUUGUAGUUGAGAAGACCUUGGAUUACGAAAAUACUCGAGAGGACUUUGAACAGUCUUUUGCAGAAAUAGUCAACAUGAUUGUGUGUAAGGGUGGACCUAAUAUAGAAGAUAAUCAAGAUAUAUUGUUGAGAUGUGCAUACAAAGACUAUUAUAGUAAUCGAUGGAGACACAAAUCGUGUACAAUAAUUAUUGAGAAAGGUGAAGAGGUCUGUAGGCCAUGUUCAUAUCUCGACAAGUAUUUUCAAGAGUGGAUAAAGUACAAUUUAAAAGAUAAUAAGUAGUAUGAUAAGUGCUUUAAUUUUCACAUAAAGUAACAUAAUAAAAACAGAAGACCUAGAUUAUAAUUUGAAAAAAAAUUGGAAAUAAUUCCAUGUUGAAUUGACAGCUUUCAACAAUAUUUUUUAUAUACAUAAAUCAUUCUUUAAGAAUCAAAAAGCAAUGAUUUUAUUGCUUUUUAAAAUUAUUCUAUUUAUCAAAAAGUUUCAUGUAUAUUAUAUAUACUUAUUAUUUACACUAAAUUAAUUAACAUCUUUUAAACAUCCAAUCAUUUAUGAUUUAUUUUUCAUAGACUGAACGUACCUAAAGAUCAAUUAGCUUUUUUGCUUUUAUCAAUGACUGUGAGCAAUAACAUUUAUGUACGGUGUGAUUUUUGUAGUAUUAUAUAUUAUUAACUAUACAGUAUUUAUCACAAUGUGUAAUAACUUACAUAUUACAAUUUGUACUCUCAUAAUUAUGACAAUUUUCAUUGUAUUAUCUAUUUACUAUGUCAUGCUUCACAAAAUAAGUUGUUCAACUGUUUUAUUGUCGAAUAAAGUGGCAACCCCACAACUGUAUAGAA